UGUAGUCUUGGAGACAGUUACUCUGCCAACCGAGAGAAACAGCAGCAGCAGCAGCAGCAAAAGCAACGGAGACCGAACUGAAGAGUUGGGAAAGAAAAGGCGAGAAAACAAACACACGUAAGAGCAUCAUGCAGAACGAGGGCGGCUCAGAGGCAGCAUCCACCGUGGCGCUCAGGACGUCCACAUCCGCCCAGGCUCCUGUCGUUCAGCCCGUCCCCGCAUCACAACAGAGAGUGUUAGUUCAGGCUACAGGAUCCUCACAGAAAGAGGGACAAGUGCAGCAACUGCCUAGAGUGCAACAGGUUCCUCAGCAGGUGCAGCAGACACAGCACGUUUACCCCUCCCAGGUGCACUACGUUGACGGAGGAGAGGCUGUGUACCCCAACGGCACCAUUCGCACGGCGUACCCCUACAACCCCGACGCCCAGCUGUACGGACAGGGCAGCGGCAACACCUACUUCGAGUCUCAGGCGGGCGGGACCCAGGUCACCACGGUGGUCUCCUCGCCCGGCGCCGUGCCCCCACACGGCAUGGUCGGCAUCGCCAUGGACGUGGGCGGCAGCCAGAUCAUCUCCGGCGGCAGCGCCUACCUCGUCCACGGCGGGAUGGACGGCGGGCGCCAGCACGCCUCGCACUCCUUCCGCUCCUCCUCCGCCAUGCUUGAAAUGGCGAUCGAAAACCUGCAUAAGUCUGAAGGGAUUCCCUCUCACAAGAGCAGCCUGCUCAACAGCCAUCUGCAGUGGCUGUUGGAUAACUACGAGACGGCGGACGGUGUGAGUUUACCACGCAGCUCGCUAUAUAACCACUACCUACGCCACUGCCAGGAGCAGAAGCUGGAUCCGGUCAACGCCGCCUCCUUCGGCAAACUCAUCCGCUCCGUGUUCAUGGGGCUGCGAACACGCCGCCUCGGCACCAGGGGAAACUCCAAGUAUCACUACUACGGCAUCCGCGUCAAGCCCGACUCCCCCCUGAACCGCCUGCAGGAGGACUCUCAGUACAUGGCCAUGAGACAGCAGCCGGUCCACCAAAAACAGAGGUUUAAGCCAUUACAGAAGGUUAACGGGAUGGGCGAUGGCAUCUCUGGUGGCUCCCAGCACUCCAGCAGCACGCCCGAGCAGAACGUGGCCGCUCAGAGCCAGCACCACCAACAGUACAUAGACGUGUCCCACGCCCUGCCCCCGUUCCCCUCCCUGGAUCUGGGCUCGUGCCCGCUGCCAGAGCGCAUCAACAUAAACGACGUGAAGAAGCUGGAGAGACUCUACAGAGACCACUGUGAGGCUACCCUGGAUGUGGUGAUGAACCUGCAGUUUCAUUACAUCGAGAAGUUGUGGCAGAGCUUCUGGUAUUCAACACUGCCAUCUAGUGACGGCACCACCACCAUCCCCAACAGUGAUGACGAAAUGGACGCCGUUAUUCCCAGAGAGAAUCUCAUCGCUCUGUGUAAGUUUGAGCCGGUGAAACAGUGGAUGAGGAGCUGCGAUCACAUCCUGUACCAGGCGCUGGUGGAGAUCCUCAUUCCUGAUGUGCUGCGGCCCGUUCCCAGCACUCUCACCCAGGCCAUUAGAAACUUCGCCAAAAGUCUGGAGGGCUGGCUCACCUCGGCCAUGACCAGCUUCCCCCAGGAGAUCGUCCGCACCAAGGUCGCGGUGGUGAGCGCGUUUGCGCAGACGCUGCGCCGCUACACGUCUCUGAAUCACCUGGCGCAGGCGGCCCGGGCCGUGCUGCAGAACACGUCUCAGAUCAACCAGAUGCUCAGCGACCUCAACCGGGUCGACUUCGUCAACGUGCAGGAGCAGGCAUCGUGGGUGUGCCAGUGUGACGAGAGUAUGGUGCAGCGUCUGGAGCAGGACUUUAAGAUGACCCUGCAGCAGCAGAGCUCUCUGGAUCAGUGGGCCGCCUGGCUGGACAGCGUGGUGAGCCAGGUGCUGAAACCGCACGAGGGCAGUGCCAGCUUCCCCCGCGCCGCACGCCAGUUCCUCCUCAAGUGGUCCUUCUACAGCUCCAUGGUGAUCAGGGAUCUCACCCUGCGCAGUGCUGCCAGUUUCGGUUCCUUCCACCUCAUCCGCCUGCUCUACGACGAGUACAUGUUUUACCUGGUGGAGCAUCGCGUCGCCCAGGUGACCGGAGAAACCCCCAUCGCCAUCAUGGGAGAGUUCAGUGACCUCAGCUCCAUGAUGCCCUCCCUCAUAGAGAAAGAUCGCUCGUUUUCAGAAGACGUGAGUGAACUGGGCGGCGACGGGGACGCGUCACGGGGGACGUGCGAGCCUGCCGUGAAACGAGAGAGGAUCGAGAUCAGCCACUCGCUGCAGGAGAUCUGAGAUCAGUCCAGCUAACCCGGCAGCUUUGUUUCUCCCCCCGGUUGUGUGUGUGUGUGUGUGUGUGUGUGUGUGUUGGGGGUGACUCCCACACUCCACCGUUCUGUGCCAGCGAGUUCUAACCCGAGUGGAUUUUGGUUUCUGGGUUACUAACGCAGUAGGACGUCUCUAGUGUAGCGUGUGUGUGUGUGUGUGUGAGGGAUCUUUGUGCCAUAGUGUCCUUUCAGUGCCUUAGAUAGGAGCGCUCAGCAGACGCCGCGCCUGUACCGCGGUACGAAUGUAUCAUCUCUCCGUCGCACAUCUUUAUAUCGGAGCUUCGCGUGACUCCAUCACCUCAUGAGCCGGUCUGUGGGAUCAUCCGGAGCUCCCGCAUGCCCGUAUGAAAACCUACAGCCGCUGCUGCUCUUUGUAGACGUGUAUGGAUGGCAUGAAAACGGUGCCUGUCGUUUAGCUCACAAGGGUUAUGAGUGCGAGUCUCGGCGGUGCCGUCGACCUGGCCGGGCAUUGUGUCUUAGAAAGGAAAGGCCAAAUGAGAAAUCAGCUUCUCGUCAAUGCAACAGCGACCCCUACUGUGUGUUUAAGGUACUGCCGAUAGAGAUUAGCAUUAAAUAUUGCCACAGAUUGCUGCCAGUCGGCCGGAUGCCAUCUAGCGGGCACAAUCGGUAGUGCCUGCAGGAGACAGAAUCAGCCACUAGUAUGCUGGGUGGGAAAAGACGGGACUAAUAAAGUGGGCGGGGUCUUUAAACGCUGUGUAAGGACCCUGGUUAGUAGCCCGAGGCGUCUCAUGCGCGACUCUACCGAGGCACGGGCGAAGGGGUCAAGGGGGCGUAGGCAGGCGAAUAUCCCCUCCCUAGCAGCGGAAGACAGAUUGGCUACGCCACCAUAGGAGAUCCCAAUAACCAUACAUCAGCCAAUCAGAGCCAGAGCUCAUAUCAGCAUGCGUCCGGCUGUGUCCCAAAUCGCGUUAUUCGUUAGCAAAUUCACGCCAUCGGUACGUGGGAUCUGGUUCGAGCCGCGAGUUUCCCAGUGACGUGGGAAAACUAACUCCUAAUAAACCCGACCCCUCAGCAACGGGCAUCAAUGCAUUUAAACGAUUAAUUCAUUAUUUUUAAAAUGAUUUCUCCCAGUUUGGUCAAAGCUCUCGAGCCCUGCGCUGGACAAAGGAGUCUCAUAGAGAGCUGUAUCGUGUACGGAGGGCGAGGCUUUACACUCCACAAACCGGCCACUCACCGACACGUCUGCAGUGAAACCCUCCUCGACCUCCUGCUAGACGCUCUGCCAGGUGCACAGCACCGCCUGGGAUCCGAACUCGAGCGCUACAGUUAUCAGCCGAUACGAGCGAGCGCAUUAGACCCGAACACCCACCCUCAUUUUAUUUAAGGAUGCCGGAAGUAUCCAUGCUAACGCUGCCUAAGACUGAGCACCAUUACUUUUAAAUAAACACAUGAUUAUAGGAAGCAUCCGCCCCCCUCUCUCGUUCCCCACCCGAAAUAGGAAUACCUCGACUGCUCAACUGUUUCUAUGCUGCGUCGUGUUCAGGUUUCUUCUCAAACUGCUGCUCUGACGUUCUCAGAUGUACGUGAGCUUCACAUAACGUCACAUCGACCUCUCACAAAGACUCGAGCCGAUGUGGGAGCUCGUUCAUCUGCUUCAUGCUUCAUCAGAGGUGCUUCUGGGUUCGAGACUCGUCCCUUAGAUGGUAGUGGGCGAGCGUAUUGUACCGCUGCACCUCCCGCCCGCCCGCCGUAUAAAGUGCUUAGUAUAAACUAGUGAAUGAAUGAAUGAAUGAAUGAAUGAAAGGUGACGGCAGCCUGUAGGCUGAAGUAUAAAGCGGGUACGUGAGACGUCUGCGAGACGUUUUCUGGAGUAAGUGAGCUUGAGCUUGAACACUUAAUACGUGUAACGUGAGUGGAGAUGAAUUGUAAAGAAAUAAAAUUGUAAAUGAAUGUUUAUUACAGCUCCAGAUUUCAUUUAGAGGAGAUUUUACGACUCAAUAGAAGUUACGUUCAUGUGAAAUGUUCCCUCUGUACCCCAAAUUAAAGAGCGGCUGGGAUC